GUGUGUGUGUGUGUGUGUAAGUUUCGACAACACGGUUCAGUACGAUCUCCCACACACACACACUCUUACAGCGAGCGAAGAGAAGAGAAGAGGAGGCUGGCUGCUGAUCGCUGGAUCUUCUCUCUUCACUGAGAAGGCUUUGAGAAGAGAGUGUGAAUAAAGAAGAAGAACAGUGCGUUUCUCCUGUUUAAAGGAACGAGGCUGUGUUUUUUUUUGUUGUUGCUGUAUCCAAGUGCAAUUCCCUACUGGAAAACAAAACCAAGGACGAGGAAAGUCAACAGGGAUUUUCCUGAGCGUUUAAAGAUACCGAAGUUCCUGCUGAACAGGGAACCAAGAAGUGGAUCUCUAGUUAGUUAGUUAAGUAGCUAGCUAUCCUAACUAGCUAGAUACUUUUAUGGACACCUGUUUUUAAGCCUAAUAGUCCUGAACUGCUGCUUCGGUGCUGAAAAUCAGUGUUUUUUCCUGGUGAAGAUCAGAUAGAAGGACUAUCAAGACAGACACCAUGGUGUGGGAUUCUUCUCUCAGCUCAGUUGGACUCCUGAGCUCGUUUUUCUUCCUUCUCAUUCAAGGUUCGCUGGCACAGCGCGUGAAGGUGCAGCCAGAGGUGGUGACAUAUCCAGGCCAGACCGUGACCCUGAGAUGCCAGUUUCCUGAACAAGGCCAGACUGAGCUCACACAGGUCUCUUGGAUCUUUGAAAAGGCUGAUGGUACCCGAACCAACAUCGCAGUGUUCCACCCCAAGUUUGGGGUCAAUUACCCCAAAUCCCCGGUGACUGGGCGGGUGGGUUUUACGGCGGAGACCCCCCAGCUGGACAGUCCAACCAUUCAGAUCACAGAUAUUAAGAUGACGGACGAGGGAAGGUACAUCUGUGAGUACGCCACCUACCCCAGCGGCAACGAGCAGGGCGUCACCAGCCUCAUCAUCCUAGCCAAGCCUGAGAACUCGGCCACCGCUGUCAAAGUGCAGGCCGGCACCGCCUCGGUCGUCGUGGCGAGCUGUCAGUCAGCCAAUGGGCGUCCGGCAUCGACCAUUUCCUGGGUGCCAGGGUCGUUGAACGGCAACGCGUCGACCCCAACGAAGACGGACAACCCUGACAACACGGUGACCUCCAAGAGCGAGUACUGGCUCGUUCCGACUCCGGCCGACAACGACAAGGAGAUCAGCUGCGUGGUGUCGCACCGGACGCUGCCCAAUCCGGAGACGUUCCAGAUGAAGCUGGUGAUUGAAUAUCCUCCUCAGGUCCAGAUCGUGGGCUAUGAUAAUAACUGGUAUUUGGGACGCACCAAUGCCGUGUUGACCUGCCAGGCUCAGGGGAACCCCACUCCCACCACAGUGACCUGGAGAACGAUGUCCGGUCUGAUGCCGGAUACGGUGCAGGUGAAGGAGAACAAACUGACCGUGGUGAAAGUGGACGAGACCGUGAACGCCACCUUCAUCUGCGAGGUCAGGAACAGCCUCGGCACGGGGCGGGACCAGGUCAGCGUGAUGGUCAGGGAAGCCGGUGCUCUUGCCCAGUCCAGUGCUGGCGUGGUGGCGGGUGCCAUCAUCGGUGUCCUCCUCGCCCUCCUGUUGUUCGGCGCCCUCAUCUUCGUCCUUGUGUCCCGCAACCGCCGGCAGCAGCAGGGUUACCGCGGCAACGGCAAGGCCAAGGCGGAGCCGUACGACUCGGUGGCCCGCCUCUUUGGGUCCGGCGGCGGAAGCGGCAAGAACGGCACCAACGGGAACAACGGCAACAACAACACGCCCAUCUACCGGGGGGAGCCGGUGCUUUCGGAGAAGGCGGCCAACCACAACAUGCACCCGGGGGGCGUGGCCCUGCUGGAGACCACUCCCACCGCCCAGGACAUCUUGCUGAGCAGGGAGAUGGAUGAGGCGGAGCGCAGGAAGUUCGACGAGCUGGAGGAGGAGGACGAAAGGUACGACCACUUCACAGCAGGCGGCACCAUCCUGCAGCUCCGCCCACACGAGCAGGACAUGGGCGGGAGUUACCUGGAUGACGACAUGGAGUCGCAACGUGACGGAUCGGUCAUCUCGCGGACUGCUGUCUACGUGUGAGCGGGAAGAGUGUAGCGAUGUCGCGAGAGAGCGAGCGAGUGAGAGAAGGAGAAAGAGAAAUGAGGAUUAGAAGAGACGGAAAGGGAAGGAGGUGGAGGUGGAGAGAAGGAAGUGAACCUACUUCCAAAGGAUUCUUGUUUGGUUUUGUUUGCUUUUUUUUCUUUUAUUCAUCAUUUUUAUUCGUAAGAAAUCUCUUAAUUAACGAAAAAAGAACAAAAAGAGUGACAGAAAUAGAGGCUUCAAGGAUGGACGACUAGACAGACCGAUGGAUUUAUUAUUGGACUGGAUGGAAAAUUAUCACAGGAUGGAGAGAUUGGAUUAGAGAACGAAGAUAAUGAAGGAAUGAAGUGGAAAAAUAAGAGGCGCAUCCUGUGUCUUAUACAGUACUUCCUAUUUACAGCGAUGGUUGUAAUGGAGACGAUUUCGGAGGAUGCACACUGCAUUAUCUGCGUUACAUGUAAAACAUACACACCCACACACUUGAAAGUGAAAGUUUGUUUGCGUCCACACUGUGCUGUGUAAUCAGGGUUCAGUCCAUUUCUUAAAAAAAAAAAAAAAGAUACUCUUAUUGAUUUUUAUCAUACAGUAACUCUCUUGUAGAAAGGACUGUUAAUGGGUAAACUUCACUCUUUCGUCGCUCUCCUGGUUUUCCUCGCUCUGUCUUGCUCUCUCUUGUUCCCGUUGUUCGAUGUUCACUGUUCGCUAACCAGUUGAUUACACAUAUUGUAGUCUUGAUUUCAGGCACUAAAAUAGCAUUGCAUUAAGUGAACGAAAGGCCACUUUUUUAUUAUUGUGCCACUUUAGUGAAUUAGUGAAUUACAGUGACUUUCAAGGCUGUGCUUUAAAUGCAUUGACAAGUGUAUAAUAUGAUAUGAUAUAAGGGGUUUUAUCAUGCAUAGCAUACUUCAUAUUCAUGCUUACACUGAAUAAUUCAAAAUAAUUCAAAAAUAUAUUGAUAUAGUAUCAUGUCCCAUGACUUUUUGUGUUUCCUAUGAAUGCUAUAGAAUGGUACACAGCCUCCUACAAUUAAAUGUGGAUGUGGAAUUUAUGGCCAGAGUCACUUUUAACCAGUCACGAUCAUUACCAAAUUACUACUGCUCUGUCCACAGAGGGUGGUAAUGCCUUCUAUGACAUAAUACUGAUACACGUUACUGAUUCUGAACUUCUAAUUCUAAACUACGACAGAUCAAAUAAACAAACAUGAACAUCCUGAUGUUUUUUACAUCAGUAAAAUCUCAAUUGUUAAGCGACCUUAAGUGACCUAAAGUGACCUUAAGAGACCGUUCGCAGGUGUAACGCUCCACAGAAGAGUGACGAGUCGUGAUGAGUUUAAUCAUGAAUUGCAUUGUUGCAGACAAAAUCAUUGUAGCAAUCUCUGUCUCUUAUAUGGUGAUUGUACUGUCAGCCCUCUAAGGCCUACAGUGAAUCAGCGAUUCAGUGAAUCAUUUUGGAAUCUGCCUCCUCCAUCUGUAAAUGAUUUAUGCUCCACUGGCCCUGCCUAGAUGACCUCGUUUCCCGCCAUUAACCCCCUUAUCGCUGCGUUAAAUCUCACAGCUCUAGCCCUGUCCACUCUUAAUUAGUCCCAAGCGGUUCACUUCUCCAGUGAUUCGCUUUGAAUCAUUCUGUUUAUUAGUGCUUUUGCCGUGAAUCACCACCAGCGAGCCGUGUGGUAUUUUUGGGUUAUUUCUGGAUAGGCUAAUUGACCCCUGAAUGAAUGAACUGAUUGAACUGAUUGACACUAUGUUGUUUUUGAGUGUGUGAGUGUGUGUGUGAGUGUGCGAGUGCUGUCGGGCUCGCAGCCGCUGCUCCGCCCGGGGCUCCUCAUGAAUUUAUCAUUUAUCAAUUAUAAGGCAACACACAGGAAAUUGCUGUGUGCUUUGCUUGUGCUGUAGGGGUCAUUUAUGCAAAUUGGAUGUUCAAAUCCGCUAGCUUAGGGCUCGUAAACCUCAUUUACGAGUCAUUGUUUCUUCUCUGUGGUUGCAGCUGAGGUUCAGUUAAGGACGAGCCCCUUUAGAAUAAAGGCUAAAGAAUAAACGUCAGUGUCUAGGUACUGACUGGUCUUACAUUUGGACUAUUUGUUUUUAAAGAAGUUUUUAGCCUCUGUUUUAACCUUGACCUUUAUGUUCUGCUGCGAGUAUGUUUUUGCAAACUUCGUAAUUAUUUUUUUUUUUACUUAUAUGGGCCAUUUGAGCAUAAGGUAUAAUACACAUUAAUGAUAACAAUUUUUUUCGGAUGAUAGAUUAUCUCAUAAAUAAUUGUGUGAAAGAUAUUACUGUCAUUUUAAGACCAUUUUUCGAUAUAAUAAUAAUAACUUUAAAUUACAUUUACAGUGUUUUUAAUUUUUCUUAAUUUUUUAGGAAUAUGCAGACACUCAAAUUGACAUGUAACAUUUUUCAUAUAAAGAAAAAAAUUUAAAUAAAUAAAUGAAACCAGUUUUUAAAAGGAAUAUUUUGGUCAUUCACAUUAAUGUCCUCUUCUCACUAAAAAAAAAAACAUGAUAUAAUGUGAUAUUAAGAUCAGCAAAAAUUAGUUAAUAAUGUAAUCAAUAUAAUGACAAUAUAAUGGCUUAUAAAUAAAUAAAAAUCAAAUAAAUAGAAAAAAACGUUAAAGUAAAAUACCAUAGUCAGUGGUUUAAAACACAUUUAUAAUGGAAGUCAGUGGACAGUUUCAGAAAAAAAAACUUGGUAUUGUGGUAUACUUACAGUGGAAGUCAAUAGGUAAAUAUACUAUUAAUUGAAGACAAUUGUUAAUUGUACACUUAUCAUGUUUUUUUUUUUAGUUUUCCCAAAAAACUAUUGUGCGCCUAAUAAUCUGGUGCCCCUUAUGUAUGAAGGAGCAGUAAAGCCACUCCAGUUUUGUUUACUUAUGUGCCCCCAGUGGUGAACCUGCUGAAUUAGAAGGGAAUCAUGGUGACACCCUUAUAGUCUGAAAAAUUGCAGAAUUUUGGCAUUUCAGUGUGCUUGCAUUUUAAUUGUACUGGAAUACUAUAAGUAUAUUGAGUUGAUACUUUAGUUUAUACGUUCACUCAAAGAUAAUGCAUUUCCUGUCUGUAUGCACUCUGUAUUUGCCUUAUAUGUUUAUAUCUCUAGUAAACAGUUCAUUACCAUGGAUAAUAAUUUAAAUUUUUAUAGUAAUAAUUCUUAUGUUUAAACAGGAAUCUUAUCGACUUGAUAAUUAUACACUUACAGUGGAAGUCAAUGAGCAGCUUGCCAAGAUGAUGGCCUGUGGUAAUCAGCCAUAUGCUUUAGCUGGAGAUCAGGUUUGAAAAUGCUAGAAUUGACUUUUAAAUCUGUACACAUCAAGCACAGCCAUAUGAUGAUGAUCAUAAUGAUGAUUAUGAUUAUGAUUAUUGCUUUGAACUAACGCUUUAUCGCUUUUAAUCUUAAUGAGUCCACUCUGUAUUUAUAAACGCACAUCCCAGACGGUUGUCAUGGCCGCACAGUUAAAUAUAUCCAUUACUUCACACUUUAGCUUUUCAUUCUGUUCGCUUCAUUUAUCACCGAGUGGAGGGUGGGAGCCCGGCCGAGCCGUUCACAGAGCAAGAGAGAGGAACACAGAGCGAGAGAGGGAGGCUGUACGUGUGUGUAUAUACAUAUCUAUAAAUAUAUAUAUAUAUAUAUUUUUGGUGUGAGGUGUCUGUAUGCACUAUAUGUACACACUUUAUUUUUCUUACAUGAAAAAAAAAAACCCUGUGAUUAAAUGUCUAUACUGCUAUAUAUUGUAAAUAAGACGUCGGACGGGCUGAUCUUGGAAUGUAUUUGCCCAGCAGAUCUGUGUCGCGCUACAUCUGCUACACACACAACAAGAGGAGUGGUUGGUUUGGAAAACACGAGUGGCAUUGACUACAAUACCCAUGAUCCUUUGCACAAGCUAUAGCAACAACAGUGUUGUCUUGCAGUACACAAGUAGGCCAACACAGUCUCCCAGAGAGGCCUCAUCCACCUGAGUGUGUGUGUGUGUGUGUGUGUGUGUGUGUGUGUGUGUGUGUGUGUGUGUGUGUGUGUGUGUGUGUGUGUGUGUGUGUGUGUGUGUGUGUGUGUGUGUGUGUGUGUGUGUGAGAGAGAGAGAGAGAGAGAUAGAGAGAGAGAGAUAGAGAGAGAGAGAGAGAGAGAGAGAGAGAGAGAGAGAGAGAGAGAGAGAGAGAGAGAGAGAAAAGAGUGCGCGUGCGUGAGUCAGCAUGCUAAAUGGUGUCUGGCUGUAGGGCAAUGAGUUAUUCUUCCAUCCUUUCAGGGUAUCACACACACGCACAUUUAGACACACACACACACACACACACACAUACAUUUACACACACACACACAGCGUGAUUUAAACUGGCUAGCACAGACAGUAAAUCAUUGUUUGUCAAAGUGGCUGCCCUUCCGAAUCCGUAAGAACAUCCCUCUGCUCUUCACAACCUGGGCAUGCUGGGUAAUGUAGUUUUUAAUAUACUGUAGCCUCCUCCUGCUUCCCACAAAUUCAUCUUGACCUCACUAUCUUUUUUUUUUUCUUCCC